AUGAGCGGAUUGAGCGUGCUAGAAGAAGAACUCACAGAGAAGACGACCGAGGAUAAAAUGCGUCGUUUGGUGUCGUUGUUUUCCAACAAAAGCCUCGAUGAAAUCGAUAUGUCAUUCGAUAUCCGGAAAGAUGUGAAUGUUGAACAUAACUAUUUCUACGAGAUGAUGGCCAGUGCAAUUAGUUACCAUUUCAAAGUAGAGACUGACCCCGAAACAGUGGAGACAUUCUCAACAUUACGCGAUAUCGUCGAUUACGUCAAGAGUCGACAGUAA